GCACUGUUCUCCCGCGUGGUGGUCUGUGGCGUCCUUGCUCUUUGACCAGCGUAAUGACCUUUGCUACAAGUGAGAACACCGGACCCCAUGGCUUCCUGGAGGAGCCCCUGGUGGCUGCUGACAUGGAUGGUGUUCGUGCUGUCUGCUGUCCUGCAGACCACAGCGGAGACGUCUCCGGGAGCCUAUUUUCUGCCCGAGUUUGCACUGUCCCCCCAGGGAAGUUUUCUGGAAGAUACAACAGGGGAGCAGUUCCUCACCUAUCGCUAUGACGACCAGACGUCAAGGAACACGCGGGCAGACGAAGACAAGGACAGCAACUGGGACGCGUGGGGAGACUGGAGUGACUGCUCGCGGACAUGCGGGGGCGGAGCGUCCUAUUCUCUGCGGAGAUGCUUGACCGGGAGGAAUUGUGAAGGGCAGAAUAUUCGCUACAGGACGUGCAGCAAUCAUGACUGCCCCCCUGACGCGGAGGACUUCAGAGCCCAGCAGUGCUCCGCCUACAAUGACGUCCAGUACCAGGGCCGUUACUAUGAGUGGCUUCCGCGGUACAAUGACCCCACCGCCCCCUGUGCGCUCAAGUGUCACGCACGGGGACAGAGCUUGGUCGUGGAGUUGGCCCCCAAGGUCCUGGAUGGCACACGCUGCCACACUGACUCCCUGGGCAUGUGCAUCAGUGGCAUUUGUCAGGCGGUGGGCUGUGACCGGCACCUGGGGAGUCUCGCCAAGGAGGACAGCUGCGGGGUCUGCGCUGGCGACGGCUCCACCUGCAGGCUUGUGCGGGGACAGUCCAAGGCUCACGUGUCUCCGGAGAAAAGGGAGGAAAGUGUGAUCGCCGUUCCCCUGGGGAGUCGGAGUGUCAGGAUUUCAGUGAAAGGACCUGCUCAUCUGUUUAUCGAAUCAAAAACGCUUCAAGGAAACAAAGGAGAACACAUCUUCAGCAGCCCCGGCGUUUUCGUCAUAGAAAACACGACCGUGGAGUUUCAGCAAGGCCCGGAGAGGCAGAACUUCAAGAUCCCCGGGCCCCUGAUGGCUGAUUUCAUCUUCAAGACCAGGUUCACGGUGGCCAAGGACAGCAUGGUCCAGUUCUUCUUCUACCAGCCCAUCAGUCAUCAGUGGCGACAAACCGACUUUUUCCCCUGCACUGUGACCUGCGGAGGAGGUUACCAGCUCAACUCGGCCGAAUGUGUGGACACACGCUUGAAGAGGGUGGUCCCUGACCAUUACUGCCACUACUACCCCGAAAACGUCAAACCCAAGCCCAAACUGAAAGAGUGCAGCAUGGACCCUUGUCCGUCCAGUGAUGGAUUUAAAGAGAUCAUGCCCUACGACCACUUCCAACCUCUACCUCGCUGGGAACAUAACCCUUGGACGGCGUGUUCGGUGUCCUGUGGAGGCGGGAUCCAGAGGCGUAGCUUCGUGUGUGUGGAGGAGUCCCUGCACGGGGAGAUCCUGCAGGUGGACCAGUGGAAGUGCAUGUACGCCCCCAAGCCCAAGGUCGUGCAGACCUGCAAUCUCUUCGACUGCCCCAAGUGGAUCGCCAUGGAUUGGUCUCAGUGCACGGUGACGUGUGGCCGGGGGCUGCGCUACCGGGUCGUGCUGUGUAUCAACCAUCGGGGACAGCACGUGGGCGGCUGCAAUCCGCAGCUGAAGCUACACAUCAAAGAGGAGUGCAUCAUCCCGGUCCCGUGUUACAAACCAAAAGAAAAAAGUCCGGUGGAAGCGAAACUCCCUUGGCUGAAACAAGCUCGUGAACUAGAAGAGACCAGAACAGCAACAGAAGAACCAACGUUCGUGCCGGAGCCCUGGUCAGUCUGCAGCACCACGUGCGGGCCGGGCGUUCAGGUCCGGGAGGUCAAGUGCCGCGUGCUCCUCACGUUCACGCAGACGGAGACCGAGCUGCCCGAGGAGGAGUGUGACGGCCCCACGCUGCCCACCGAGCGGCCCUGCCUCCUCCGAGCCUGUGAGGACAGCGCUGCCUCCCCCGAGCUGGACGUCUCCCUCCCCAAGAAGGACAGCGAGAUGACCUACCAGUGGGAGUACGCCGGGUUCACCCCCUGCACAGCGACAUGUUUGGGAGGCCACCAGGAAGCCAUUGCCGUGUGCCUGCAUGUCCAGACCCAGCAGACGGUCAACGACACACUGUGCGACACGGUCCACCGGCCUCCAGCCAUGAGCCAGGCUUGUAACACGGAGCCCUGCCCGCCCAGGUGGCACACGGGCUCGUGGGGGCCCUGCUCAGCGACCUGCGGCGUUGGGAUCCAGACCCGAGAUGUUCACUGCCUGAACCCCGGGGAAGCCCCCGCCCCCGCCGAGGCGUGCAGGGAGGAAAAGCCCCACACCUUACGAGCGUGCAAUCAGUUUGACUGCCCGCCUAGCUGGCACAUUGAAGAAUGGCAGCAGUGCUCCAGGACCUGUGGCGGGGGCACCCAGCACCGCAGGGUCACCUGUCGGCAGCUCCUGACCGACGGCAGCUUUCUGAGCCUCUCCGAUGAAUUGUGUCCAGGACCUAAGGCAUCGGCUCACAAGUCCUGUGCCAGGACAGACUGCCCUCCACACUUAACCGUGGGCGACUGGUCGAAGUGCUCGGUCAGCUGCGGUGUCGGAACCCAGCGGAGGAAGCCGGUGUGCCAGAGGCUGACGGCCAAGGGCCGGCGCAUCCCCCUCAGCGAGACCUCGUGCAGGGAUCUUCCGGGGCCCCCCCUCCUGAGAUCCUGCCAGAUGCCCCCGUGCAGCAAAACGAAAGCAGAGGGGAAGACGAAGCCUGGCGAGCAGGGUCCUCAGAUCCUGGGUGUCCAGCGAGUGUACAUUCAGACGAGGGAAGAAAAGCGUAUCAACCUGACCGUUGGUAGCAGGGCCUAUUUGCUGCCCAACACGUCCGUGAUCAUCAAAUGCCCGGUGCGCCGAUUCCAGAAGUCCCUGAUCCGGUGGGAGAAGGAUGGCCGCUGUCUGCAGAACUCCAAACGCCUGGGCGUCACCAAGUCAGGCUCCCUGAAAAUCCACAGCCUCGCGGCCCCCGACAGCGGCGUGUACCGCUGCGUCGCGGGCCCUGCCCAGGACACCGUGGUCCUCAAGCUCAUUGGGACGAACAACCGGCUCAUCGCACCCCCGGCCCUCGGAGAGCGCCCCAGGGGACUCCCGGGGCUGGACCACAGCAAGGCCGACAGUUUGGGAGCCACGUGGCAUAAGAUGAGGCAGAUGUGGAAUAACAAAAACGAGCUUUAUCGGGACGACGGCCAAAUGAAUAACCAGCCUUUCUUCAGGGCUCUGCUGGGCCACUGCCACAAUUCCGCCGGAAACCCCGGCUCCUGGGGGCUGAAGAAUAAGCAGUUUGAAGCGGCCGUGAAGCAGGGCGCGUAUAGCAUGGACACGGCCCAGUUUGACGAGCUGAUAAGAAACAUGAGUCAGCUCAUGGAGACCGGGGAGGUCAGCGAUGACCUGGCGUCCCAGGUGAUCUAUCAGCUGGUGGCUGAGUUAGCGAAGGCGCAGCCGGGACACCUGCCGUGGAGGGCCACCCAGGAGGAGGUGCCUCCCGAGGCUCAGCUAAGAGGGGACACAGGACAUGUACCCCAAAGCUCGAGGGUCAAAAACUCGGGCAAGCUGACAUUCAAGCCUAAGGGGCCAGUUCUUGUGAGACAAAGCCAACCCUCCUCGAUUUCAUUCAAUAAAACGGUGACUGCGAGGAUCGGAAAUACAGUGUACAUCACAAAAGGGACGGCGGCCAUCGAUAUCCUGUGUGAGCUAGCUACCCCCAGCGAGGUCACGUAUGCGUGGACCAAGGAUGGAGCGCCGCUACAGCCCUCAGAAAAAAUAAUGUUGUCUGGAACGGGGAGAUUGCAGAUACGGAACCCUACAAAGAAAGAACAGGGACUGUACGGGUGCUCCGUGGCCAGUCGUCUCGGUUCCGACUCGGAAAGUUCUCCGGUGCUGUACGCAGAGGCGCCUGUCAUCUUGUUCGCGGAGAGAAACAUCUCCAGACCGGAGCACGGCCCUCUGUCCGCCGUGGUUGGAAGCACCGUGAUAGCAGCCCUGGGAGCAAACGUGACCAUCCAGUGUCCUGUAAGAGGUGUCCCUCGGCCCACGGUGCGGUGGGUGAAGAGAGGAGGGUCUCUGAGUGACAGUGUCUCCCUGCUUUCCGAUGGGUCCCUGCUGCUGCGGAACGUUUCCCUCGAAAACAAAGGAAGCUACGUCUGCAGAGCCAGCAACGCGCUCGGAAAGGCAGCGGCGACGUCCGUGCUGCACCUGCUGGAGCCUUUUUGGAAGCUUGGUAACUGGACACCAUGCUCUGCCACCUGCGGCCGCUGGGGAGCCCGAGUUCAGAGACCCCAGUGCGUGAUGGCCAACGGGCAGGAAGUGAGCGAGGCCCUCUGCGGUCACCUCCAGAAGCCGCUGGCGGCGUCGCAGCCCUGUCACAUCCGGGACUGCCCCUCGAGGUGGUUCACGAGCCCGUGGUCACAGUGCUCUGUGUCGUGCGGGGAAGGGUUCCGAGUUCGGCGAGUGACCUGUAAACGCACGAAAGCCAGUGGCACGGCGGGGGUGCUGCCUGCAGGAGCCUGCGACCCCAAAGGCCGGCCUCUGGGAAGAGGACCGUGUUCCAGCCACCCCUGCACCGCCGAGCCGGCGGCCCAGUGUCCCGGACGCUGCCUGGGGCGCACCGUGAGAUUGCAGCAGCACCCCCUCGCGUGUCCGCACAACAGCUCCGACUCCGGCUGUGACGACGGCAGGAGGGCCACCUUCGGGAGGAACUGCUCGUCGGGGGCCUGUGACGUGUGCUGGCACGCGGGCCCCUGGAGGCCCUGCUCGACCGCCUGCGGCAAGGGCUUCCAGUCCCGGAGGGUGGACUGUGUCCACACCAGGAGCUGCAGGCCGGUGGCCGAGAGGCACUGUCUGCAGAGGAAAAAACCAGCUUCCUGGCAGCACUGUGUCGGGCCCUCCUGUGACAGGAACUGCACAGACACAACUUACUACUGUGCGUUUGUAAAGCAUCUUCACCUCUGCUCGCUGGACCUCUACGGACAAAGGUGCUGCCGAUCUUGCCACGCGGGAUGAGCCUCGGC